GCAGAGAUUGGAAAGUAAAGGCUAAAUAAGUUUUUUCUUAAAUUACUAAAUGAUACAAAUUUUAUGUUUACAAUGAAGAUUUAUGUCGUCCAAGCUGGUGACUCUCACUGAUUACUGGAAAACGGAUGUGAUCUUUAAGACCACACAAAACACCGCACACGUCUACAGUAGCAAGAACAGUAGUGGGAGGGAGGAAGCGUCCAUGCUCUCCAAAUCUACAAAGAAAGAAAGAAGAAAGAAGAAAGAGAUCGAUUAUUACUCAUCAGCGCUAUUAAAGACCUGCACCCCGGGGCAAAGUUUCUCUCUUGGUGAUCCCUUCCUCGGUCCUCCAUCUGCUCGGCCAGAAGUCUAAUCUGUGACCGGCUGGAGAUGAAGACUCCGCAAGUCAUCCGAAGAUCACCAACCCCGCUGCUGCUGCUGCUGCUGCUGCUGCUGCUGACAGGGGUUUGCCUUGACGCGUAUAUGCCUGUCGUCAUCGUGCAUGGCAUUUUUGAUGGACCGAAGCAGUUCAAAACGCUGUCUGAUUACAUAACCAAGGUGCAUCCAGGGACUGAGGUGACAGUGAUUGACCUGUAUGACAACCUGGCCAGUCUGAAGCCAUUGUGGAGGCAGGUCCGAGACUUCAGGAAAGCUAUCGACCCCAUCAUGCAAAAGGCUCCUAAUGGCAUCCAUCUUCUGUGCUUUUCACAAGGUGGUCUCAUUUGUCGAGCACUUCUCUCUACGGAUCCAGACCACAACGUCCAUUCCUUCAUCUCGCUUUCAUCACCACAGGCUGGGCAGUACGGAGACACAGACUACCUGAAGUGGGUAUUUCCUGACUGCGUAAAAAAAACAGUGUUUCGUGUUUGCUACAACAGAGUGGGACAGAAAGUAUCUAUCUGUGACUACUGGAACGAUCCUCACCACAGGUCCCGCUACUUGCAGAGCAACAUCUUUCUGCCGCUGCUCAAUGGUGACAGACCUCACAAGGACAUGAAAUCAUGGAGACAAAACUUCCUGCGCAUCAAGAAACUUGUGCUGAUUGGAGGACCAGAUGAUGGCGUCAUCACACCGUGGCAGUCCAGCCACUUUGGAUUCUAUGACAGCAAAGAAAAUGUUGUGCAAAUGAAGAACCAGGAGUUCUACAAGAAUGACACAUUUGGACUGAAGACGCUAGGCGCUCGUGGAGAUGUGUCAGUCUGUGUUCACUCCGGCGUGAAGCAUGUAUACUGGCACUCCAACUUCACGGUGUUCAGCAGCUGCAUAGAGAAGUGGCUCACAUGAAAACAACACACUGACAGAAAGUGAGAGGGUCACAGGGGGCUGGAGCCUAUCAAAGCUCAGGUCCAGUCUGUCACAGAGCUGACAGUCUGACACAUACAGACAGAAAACCAUUCACACUCAGAUUUACACCUAUACAGUAAUGCAAUUACACCCAGAACAAACUCCACACAGAAAGAGCCCAGCUGGCACCUUCUUCUACCACCGUGCCACCCCUAAUUCCCUCUUUUCAAUAUAUUUUAUUUAUAUGAAUUUUUAUACAAGACAUUAACCACAUGCAUUUACACACAAAACAAAAGACAAAUUGACUGAAGUCCAGAUCUGCAGGUUCCCUUCUCUAAGACACCUCCUUCCCAAUAUUGUCUUAUAUUAUUAUACAUGUCUAUUAUAUUAUAUUAUUAUAUUCCAUAUUUUGUCAUAUUAUUACAAUAGCAGCAUCCAUUGUUUUUUUCCCCUUUCCUUCAUGAUGAUGGGACAGAUAAGCCAAAAAAGGUUUCCAUAUCUUAAUAAUAAUGUUCAUUUCCUUGUUACAAUAUAUUGGAUUCUUUGCUUAUGAAGCACACCUUAAUUUAAUUUAACCAGUGUUUAAAUGAUAAGAGUGCAUCUUUGUUUCAUGCCUUUAAAAUGUGACUUUUUACAAUAACCAUGCCAAAUUGUAGCAGAAACUAAAUUGAUCAAAAUUUUGAUCUUCCUAAAAUGUAAAUUCCAGGUCAGGUACAAGUCUGUUUAACCAGAGUUUAUGACAUUUAAAGUUAAAACUAAAACAAAAGAGCUAAAGUCCCAUUAGCAUGAAUAUUUUUUUCAAUUAUCCAUUGCGUGCAAAUGUCCAAACUUCAUAUUUUAAACUGCUUUUGAAUUUGAAGUGAAAAUUGGCUUGUUUUUGCUGCACUUGCAACAAAAAGCUUUUAAUACACAUAUAAUCAAAAAUCAGUGGUCUUUGUUAUUGCCAUAAAGGCCACUUUUAUAAAUAAUCUAUGGGAAUAUUCUUAAAUGGUUCCUAAUAUUACAGGUAAUAGUAGCCUGAAGUGUCUAAUGAAAGACAUUUAUGCUAAUAAAUCCCAUUAAACACACUGAGCCUGCAUCAUGGUAUGAGCAAUGAGCAAUCACUGCCCUCUAGUGGCAGUAAUUUAUUGGCCAUUUGGAUGGUUAAGGUGCGUUUAAGGUGUAUUUUAAAGGGUAAAUUCACAACUGCAUCACAGCAAAACUGACAACUGCUCAGUGCUUCCACUCUCUGUGAGUUGAAACUUGUGCAAGUGUUUUUCAGCUAUCAAGGAUAAAACGUGUGGUGACAGAUAAUGGGGACUCUCACUCUAUAGAGAGCAGGUUACUUUUCUGCCUUAUCAGAUUUGUUGUAAAUGAAUCCUUUCGGAAUAUCUGAA